UCGUCCCCUCCAUCCCAAAUGGCCCUCUCUUUACAGAAGCUGUGUUCAGUUUUCAUUUCAGUUUUUGUUGUCUUCUCAUUCUCUCCCCGCCCUUCACUGUCCAACGGAUGUCUUUCCCAUGAAUCCGAAGCACUCCUCCUCAUCAAAGCGGACUCGAAUGACUCUGCUGAUCUGAGUUCGUGGGUGAAUGGCACAGACUGUUGCACCAUGUGGGAUGGCAUUUCCUGCAAUAAUCACACCAAGCAAGUUGUCUCUCUUGAUCUAGGCUUUGACAAUGACUACUUUGAUGGUGUGAUCUCUGAGAGCUUGUGCCAGCUUCGUUUUCUCACAUCACUCACCAUAGCCGGAGUAUCAGGUACUACACUUCCAUCCUGUUUGGGAAAUCUCACUUAUAUUCAAAUAUUAGAACUACGUUUCAAUGUAUUAAGUGAGAUCAUUCCCUCUUCCAUUUGUUUCCUCACCCGCCUUACAUACCUUGGUCUUGGCUUUAACAAAUUCAAAGGAAGCAUACCUUCCUGCUUGGCCAAUCUUUCUUUUUAACUUACCUUGACCUUGGUCUAAUCCAACUUAGGGGAAGCAUACCGGCUUCUCUUGGUAAUCUUUCUUCUCUUGAGUAUCUAGAUCUUUCCCAGAACCAGUUAAAUGGGAACAUACCGGCCUCUCUGGGUAAUAUUUUGACUCUUGAGAAAUUAGAUCUUUCACAGAAUCUAAUAGCUGGGAAUAUACCGGCUUCUCUUGGUAAAAUUUUUUCUCUUGAUUAUCUAGAUCUUUCUGAGAACAAAUUAAGUGGGAACAUACCGGUUUCUCUGGGUAAUAUUUCUUCUCUUGAGCUUCUAGAUCUUUCUGAGAAUCAAUUAGCUGGGAACAUACCAGCUUCUCUGGGCAAUAUUUUUUCUGUUAAAAAAGUAGAUCUUUCUCAAAACCAAUUAAGCGGGAACAUACCUAAUUCUCUUGGAAGUCUCACUUGGAUGAGUUAUUUACACCUUGGAGGAAAUCCACUGAGCGGUAACAUUCCAAAUUCUCUGGGCUAUCUCUAUUUACUCAAAGAUUUGAAUAUUAAGGACACUCAACUAAGUGGGACUAUUCCCCUUUCAUUUGCUCAGCUUUCCUCCCUCACUACAUUGUAUGCUGACGGAAAUCGUUUCAACGAAACCGUUGCCUCUUCGCCACUUCCACCUUCUUUGGUUGAUCUACGCCUCUCACUAGACCGUAACCAGUCAGUUUCAGAAACUUUCUUUCACAACCUUACAAGCCUGAAUUCAUUGUAUUUAUCCAACUGUGUGCUAAAUAUUUCAAAAUCUUGGAUUCCAUCCUUUCAGUUAGAGACAAUAAGUAUAAUGUCAUGUAUGAUUAAUGAUAAAUUUCCUCCUUGGAUUUCAACACAAUUCUCGCUUGUUACAUUGGAUUUAGUUGACACUGGUCUUGUGGGAAAAAUUCCUUCUUGGCUAGGGGAAACCAAUCCCGACUUGCAGUAUCUAAAUCUUUCGCGAAAUCAUCUAGAAGGAGCCCUAUUCUCAAUUUCGUCAAGUGAGAUGUCACUAAUAAUCCUAGAUGUGUCUAGCAAUUCACUGAGUGGGAACAUCCCAUCAAAUUGGUGCUCCUCCGUUGAGCAAUUGCAGCUCAACGACAAUUUAUUCAGUGGCAAUAUUCCUUCAAGCUUGGGUGAAAUGUUCAACUAUUAUCUUUUAAAUCUUGCAAACAACAACUUAACUGGUGUGAUCCCUAUGAGCUUGUUCAAGUACCCUUCCCUCACAGUCCUAAAUUUGGGAAAUAAUAGUUUGGAGGGAGGGUUACCCCAUGAGUUCAAUGAGCUAACUUAUUUAUAUUCCUUAGUUGUUCGGAAUGAUAAGCUGAAUGGAUCACUCUUUCCCUCAAUAGCAGAUUGUUCACAAUUACAGGUUCUUGAUGCUGGGGAAAAUUUUUUUGGAGGUGAAAUAUCAAAAUUAAUUGAAAAUCUUUCAAAGUUAGGAGUAUUGGUGAUGAAGGACAACAAUUUUAUAGGCAGUAUUCCUCUAGAGAUUGGUAAGUUAAAGAGCCUCCAAAUCUUGCUCCUUUCUUCCAAUCAUAUUUCAGGUUCAAUUCCACACACAAUUGUAUCCAUGGAAGCAAUGGUCAAUACAAGCCAAGAUGGUUUUAUAUUGUCUGCUUCUUAUAAUGUUUAUUAUCGAGAUGGAUUGGUAAUGAAUUUAAAAGGCACAGUUCGCUCCUUUUCAUACAUCCUUUCCACUCUCACCGUCAUAGAUCUCUCAAACAAUGAAUUGGAGGGGGAACUUGUUUCUGAUUUUGGGAAUUUGAAGGGUUUGAGGCUUCUAAACCUUUCAAUGAACAAUUUUAAUGAGACCAUUCCAAAUAGUCUAGGAGAAAUGAGUCAGCUAGAGUCAUUAGACCUUUCAAAAAAUUAUUUUUCAGGAAGAAUCCCUGUAGAGCUUGAAUCUCUAAACUUCUUGGGUUCACUAAAUUUAUCAAACAACAAUCUUUCAGGAAGUAUCCCACAAGGACAUCAUAUAACUGGCACAUUUGGAGAGUCCUCUUAUUCAGGCAAUCCACAUUUAUGGGGAUGUCCUCUACCUAAAAAUUGUUCUUGGCCACAAUUUGCUCCUCCUCCUCCUUCUAUUUCAGUGGACAAAGAUAAAAAAGGUGCUAAGUAUUCAUGGUAUCAAAUAUCCGUGGGAUUGUCAUAUGGAUCAGGUUUUGGAGGGAUGUUGUCACUCAUGCUCAUAAAAAAUAGUUGGAAAAGGAAAUGUUUCAAUCAAAUUGAUAAAAUCCUCAAGUUUUUAUUUCCAUGGAUGAAGAAUUUGACACUAUAAAGAAAUAUGUUCUACAAUUCACCAAAAUGUGGGAGUUUCAAAGAAUCAUUUGGCAACUGUUUGGGAGGAUCUUCUCCCAACUGUGUGUAGCUGCAUGUGGCUUUGCUAAUGAAAGAUUAUAUGAUGCUCCUGGUUGUACACAUGAUAGUUGAGAUGUGAAUAAUAGCUUAUUAUCAGUAAUUAUGCUGUUAUAUCUUUAGAUUACACUUAAAGUCAUUCUGGCGGAGUGUGGUUUCUUUGUUGGAGAUUAAUGCAACAAUUUAAACUAUCCCGAAACUCUUUGUGA